AUAUAAUUAUAUUAGCCUCCAUGUUAUUAGUGGUAGUGGGUGUGGUGCCUGGGCGGUUACAUUGCCAUUUGCCAAACUGGCUAGCUUAAAGCAGCCAAGCUGUGUACUUAGCAAGUCGGGCAGGAGCGGCACCUGCCCCACCUGUCAGUGUCCCCCUCUACUUCUGAUUUCCCUGCCAAGCUGGCUGCCUCGCCUUCUUUCCUCAAUCCUCAACCGGAGCAGGGCGGAGCAGAGGAGGCCACUCAACAACUGCAGACCAGAGCAGAGCAGCGGCGCAGAGCAGAUCAGAUGGCGCCCCCGUCGUCCCCGCCGGACGUGCGCCUGGUCGACCGGAUCCGCGUCUCGCCGGCGCCGUCCGAUUCCGCGCAAGAGCACGCGCUGCCGCUGACCUUCUUCGACGUGGCCUGGCUCUUCACCGGCCCCGUCGAGCGCCUCUUCUUCUUCCGCCACCCGGACCCGUCAUCCGCGCUUCCGCUCCUCCGAUCCUCGCUCCCCGUCGCACUCCGCCGCUUCUACCCGCUCGCCGGCACCAUCAGGCCCCACGCGCCCUUCCUCUGCUCAUACGCCCGCGGCGCCGACGCCCUCACCCUGGUCGUCGCCGAGUUCGACAGCCCCGACGACUUCGACCACCUCGUCGCCAGGGCGCCCAGGGACCUGUCCCGGAUCCGCGCACUCGUGCCGCAGCUCCCGCCGCCGGGGGACGACGGGGCGUUCGCGCUCGCCGCCUUGCAGGUCACCGUCUUCCCCGGCCGCGGCCUCUGCCUCGGCGUCUCCGUCCACCAUGCCGCCUGCGACGACGCCUCCACCAUGCACUUCGUCCGCACCUGGGCCGCCGCCUGCCGCCUAGGCCUCGAGAGCGGCGACGGAUCCGGGGACGCCACUCUGCCGCCGCCCCCGGUGCUGGACCGCUCCCUCGUCGCCGACCCGGAUGACCUGCGCGGGAAGACGCUCGCCGGGAUGGCGCGCCUCGCCCCUCCUCCGCCGCCUCCGCCUCAGCAGCAGCAGGAAGAGCAAACGCCGAUGGUGAUGGCGUCGUUCCUGCUGCCGCGCCACCAGAUCGACCGCAUCAAGGAGGGCGCGGCGGCGAGGUCGGAUGCCAAGGCGUCGUCGUUCGUGGCGGCGUCGGCGCUGGCGUGGGUGUGCCUCCUCAAGUCCGGAUCCGCGGGCGUCGCGGGGGCGGAGCGCAGCCACAUGCUCUUCUCCGCCGAGUGCCGGUCCAGGCUGGCGCCGCCGCUGCCCGCCGAGUACUUCGGCAACUGCCUGCGCCCCUGCUUCGUGGAGGCCGCCACGGCAGACCUCCUCUCCGGCGACACGGCCGACGGCGUGGCCGCUGCGGCGUCGGCGAUCGGGAGCGCGAUCCGGGAGAUGGAGCAGGGCGUGCUGGAGGGCGCGGAGGGGUGGCUGGGCAGGGUGCUGUCGGUGCUCCCGGAGCGGCCCAUGUCGGUGGGCGGGUCACCCAGGCACGGCGUGUACGAGACCACGGACUUCGGGUGGGGGCGGCCGGCGAGGGUGGAGAUGGUGUCGGUGGAGAAGACGCCAGGGACGGUGGCGCUGGCGGACAGCCCGGAGGGUGACGGCGGCAUCGAGCUCGGGGUCGUGUUGCCGCCCGACGCCAUGGACGCCUUCGCAUCCUGCUUUGCCGAUGCCCUCGGCGGCGCCACCAUCUGACUGGCAUUGCCGACCCGAGGUGCAGCUACAUUCUUCAGCAACACAAAACCGAGAUUGCAUCCAAGCAGCGCAGUACCAGCAUCUUUGAGUUUUGUAUUUAAUUUGCUUUGCUGGUUGAGUGAGCUUGAUCUGGAAGUAGUACAGCAUGCACUGCGAAGUGGAGUAAUAAGCUGUUUGUAAGCUGAUCGAAUUGUUCGAAAUCAAUCGAACACACAUUAUGAAUGAAUUGUUUGCAAUGUUCUUGAGAUUA